GAGAGUUACAAAUACAUCUUCACUCUCGAAAAACCUUACGAGACAUUUAUUUCACUCCAAUGGCACCACCCAGAACUCCACCCCUCUUCCUCACGCUCUCGCUCUCGCUCCUCUGCAUUCUCUCUCUAUUUUUCUUCUACCUCUACUCCACCACCACCGAUCGACCGCCGCAAAAUUCCAAAACCGCUCUCUCUGCCGCCCAAGAUCGCAUCAAAGUCUACAUCUCUCCCCUCCCCAGAUCCCUCAACUACGGCCUCCUACAAAAAUACUGGGCUCUAACCUCCGAUACAAGAAUCGGCAGCCAAGUAGACAACGAAAUCCGAAAGAAAAUCUCUCCCAAACAACCCGACACAUCCCUCCCGUACCCCGAAAACCCCAUUAUCAAACAGUACAGCGCGGAAUAUUGGAUCUUGGGGGAUUUAUUGACGCCUCAGGAGCUGAAAAGGGAGUCCUUUGCGGAAAGGGUUUCAGGAUAUGAGGAGGCGGAUGUGAUUUUCGUGCCUUUUUUCGCGACAUUGAGCGCUGAAUUGCAGCUGGUGGUUGAUAAAGGCGUGUUUAGGAAGAGGGUUGAGGAGAAUGGGGAUUAUGUGCGGCAGAGAAUGGUGCUUGAUUCGGUUAAGGAGACGGAAGCUUGGCGUAAAUCUGGGGGCAGAGAUCAUGUUUUUGUUCUUACAGACCCUGUUGCGAUGUGGCAUGUCAAAGACGAGAUAGCCCCUGCCAUCCUCCUCGUGGUGGACUUUGGUGGCUGGUACAGGCUCGACACAAAGACGUCCAAUGGCAGCUCAUCUGGCUUGAUGAUACAGCACACUCAAGUCUCUCUACUGAAAGAUGUCAUCGUACCAUACACCCAUCUACUUCCUAGGCUGCACCUAUCUGAAAAUCGGGAGAGGCACACCCUUCUUUACUUCAAGGGAGCAAAACACAGGCACCGGGGAGGUCUUGUUCGUGAGAAAUUAUGGGAUUUAUUGAUCAACGAGCCCGGGGUGAUUAUGGAAGAAGGCUUCCCUAAUGCCACCGGGAAGGAGCAGUCGAUUAAGGGAAUGAGGUCAUCGGAGUUCUGCUUACAUCCAGCAGGCGACACGCCCACUUCGUGCAGACUCUUUGAUGCUGUGCAGAGUCUCUGCAUACCGGUCAUAGUCAGCGACAACGUUGAACUCCCUUUUGAAGGGAUGGUGGAUUAUUCCGAAUUCUCUGUUUUUGUUGCAGUUACCGAUGCUUUAAGGCCCGAUUGGCUAGUGAGUCAUCUGAGAAGUUAUUCUAGUGAAGAGAAGGAUAAGUUUCGCAGAAACAUGGCUACGGUUCAAUCGAUCUUCCAAUAUGACAACGGCCGUCCGGGUGGCGUGGGCCCGAUACCUCGAGAAGGCGCUGUGAAUCACAUAUGGAGGAAGGUUCACCAAAAGCUACCCGUGAUCAGGGAAGCUAUCACGCGAGAGAGGAGAAAACCCAAGGGAGUUUCGGUUCCACUUCGUUGUCAUUGCAUUUGAUGUAUCAUAUUUUCCAUUUUAACUUUUUCGCCCUGCUCCAUUUUUGUAUUUUAGUGUUUUUCUUCAAUGAGUUUAUACCUUCUUGAAAAUAUCUAAAUCACAUGGCUUCAUGCUAA